UCCAUCCUAAGAUCAACGAAGAAGAAGAGUAACAGUCAGCUGUUGUGUUUGAUGAACUGUCUGUGGAACGAUAAUGUAAACUCAAGAGUUACAAUAGUUGAACUUUUUUGAAAAGAAACCUGUGUUUCGAUCUGUGUCACUACAGCAGGGAAAUGUCAUAAAUAUAAACAGUGUUGCGAUAUUCUCAGUUAGCACACCAGCUAUAUGAGGAGAUCUGAUUCAUGCUCUGUGUAACCAGCGGUCAGAAAUGAGCAGAAAACGAGCGCUGAUCGCAGACACCUUCUGCUUGAAGAGACGCAGAUGCGCAGCUGACGCUGUUCCCGGAGACACUCACGAUGGAGCAGCUGAUAUCCGCUCCAGCUUGCAGCACCUCAUGACACUGUUCUCACGCAAGCUCUUCAACGACAGUCUCCCUCCAGUGGCCUUAAAACACCAGCUGUACAGUUUACACAGCGACAAAACCUCAGUGGACAAGCAGGUGAGUGAGUUGAGGGCGAAUGGCGAGCUGUUGAUGUUCCAGCUGGGCUUUGACUCUGAAGCCUUCGCUUUGGUGUUCGCUGAAGACUACAGAGCCAAGGUCCUGCAGGGGGAAGCCGGUCAAGAAACGCUGGGAACUGUGGAGAAAUUCCUGGCUAAACUAAUUCCCGGAUGCUCCGAUUUGAGCUUCAACAAAGAAAAGAUGCUGAAAGAGUUCCUCUUUACGGACUCUGAGAUCACGCAGCUGGUGAAAUCAGGCGUCCUCACUGUGAGGGAUGCGGGCAGCUGGUGGCUUUCAAUCCCAAACUCUGGCAAAUUCAUUAAGUACUUCAUUAAGGGGCGCAAAGCUGUUCUUGGCAUGGUGAAGAAAUCCAAAUAUGGUGAAAUCCUGAAGACUGAACUCGAGGAACGCCGCACAACUUCACAGGUUAAAUUCCAGAUGAAGUAUCACAUUCAUGAUAUAGUUGGAGCAGAGUUGGUAGAAUGCAUACAGACAACAUCGGGGACAUUAUUACGAUACGUAGACGGAAACAUCAACUAACAGCUUCACUCAACUUGCCUUGGAUUGUACAGAACUGAAUAAACUGUAUAAUGUAUUUAUUGCCAUAUUAUUUUGGUUACAAAGAGCAGAAUUAAUGGUGCACAGUAUAUUUAAUAAAAGGUUGAAAUCAA